AUGAAUGGAUUGUUGCGGAUUGAGAAACACGAGCUUCUUGAGAUGAGGCAUGUGGCUGCAUAUAUUUACAAGAAGGCUGGUAGAUGGAAGCAGUCAAUUGCAUUGUCUAAGAAAGACAAGGUUUACAAGGAUGCCAUGGAGACAGCCUCACAAUCUGGUGACCGUGAGUUAGCAGAAGAAUUACUCCUUUAUUUCAUCGACCAGGGAAAGAAGGAAUGCUUUGAACAAUAUGAUCGAUUUUUCCCUCCCGUAUCUGGUUUAGCUCAGCAUCUUAGAAGAGGCAGUCCAAUUGUUUGUUUUAAUUCCUCUCCAAGGAUGGAGGUUGCAUUUUUCGGUGACACUACUCGCCUGAGUUACAGGUUGACAUGGGAGUUCUUGCUAUGUUUACUACCAGUUUUUACCUCCACAAUUGUAUCAUCAAUCCUGAUAUGGAAUUAUGAAGGUUCAGACAACUCAGAAAGAGCUACUUCUCUUUAUGAUGGUGAAUCAUGGAUGCCAUGUCUGAAAGGACUAAGCCCUUUUUGGUUAAUGGGUUCCAGAAUGAUUUCAUUUUGCUUGAUUUUAGCUGCUUCCAUUGCUGAUGUUGCUACUCAUGGCACCAACUUAUUUUACUAA